GUCUCAUUCCAUUAAUCAAUAGUGAUUUGUCUGUUUCUUGUUCAUUCGUUAAUCGUUUUCGUUGUUGAACGUUACCUUGAUUUGAUAUUUCGAAUCUCGAAUCGAACUGUCAAAUUGACAUUUAUUUUUGAAGUGAAGUGAAAGUGCCGACAGUUUGAAUUGAUUUUUUAUUCUCUAAUAUUUUAAAAAUUAAUAGAAAAAGUUCCACUGUUGGGAAAAUAUUAAGAAUUUUUUCAUUUAAUAAUCAAGAUAAAAAACUUUGAUAAUCAUGAUAAGUGGACGUGCAUUGCAUUUUGUUUUCAAAGUGGCAGAUAGAACACUUACGGCUAAAUUUUAUCGCGAUGUACUGGGUAUGAAGGUACUUCGUCAUGAAGAAUUUAGUGAAGGAUGUGAAGCUGCUUGCAAUGGACCUUAUGCAAACCGAUGGAGCAAAACAAUGAUAGGAUAUGGCCCAGAGGAUACACAUUUUGUUGUAGAACUUACCUACAACUAUGGAAUCACACAUUACGAGCAGGGAAACGAUUUCCUCGGCUUGACCGUACAGUCCAGUGAGAGUCUGAAGAGAGCUGCAGCUAUGAACUGGCCCGUUAAAGAACAGAACGGUUUGAAAUAUGUAGAAGCACCUGGUGGUUACAAAUUCUACAUAAUUGAUAAACCACAACCUGCUGAUAAAGAUCCAGUGGUCAAAGUGUCACUGGCCUGUUCGGAUAUAGCCAGAUCGAUUGCUUAUUGGAACGGUCUGCUGACACUGAAGAUCUUUGAGAAGACAGACAAAUCUGUGCUACUCGGUUUCAGUGACGAUCAGGCCAAACUUGAACUGGUCGACAUUGGAGAGCCAGUAAACAGAGCAAAGGCAUAUGGUCGUAUCGCAUUCUCUUGCCCGUUCGACCAGCAGCCAAUAAUCGACCAAAAGAUGCAAGAGGCCAAGGAGAAGAUCCUGACUCCGCUCAUAUCUCUGGACACCCCGGGCAAGGCCACGGUCAGGGUCAUCAUACUCGCCGACCCCGAUGACCACGAGAUAUGUUUCGUUGACGACGAGAGUUUCCGUCAGCUCUCGCAAGUGGACCCCGCCAGUGACGCCGACUUAGAUAAGUUUAUCAAAUCUGAUAAGUCACGAAACUAAAUCGUCAGUUCUAAGGGCCUGCGCACACGGCGCAUUUGAAACAGAUUUAAAAUUUAGAUGAAAAAAAAUAAACAUCUUUCAAAAAAUAAACAGCUUUGUCCAGUAAAAAGUUCAAAUUAUUUGUGUAAUUUAGUACUGUGCACAAAAAGCUGUGCUGCAUAAGAAACAGCACACCAGUAAUUGUUAAGAUGGUUAUUUAUUUCAUAUGGUAACACUAUAAUUAUGAUUUAGGAAAAGGUGAAGAAUGACACACUCAGGUUUUGCAUAACAUAUUUCUUCAAUAAUCUAAAUGACACUGCAAUAUCUAUAAGUAGUAGGUAUAUAAGAAUAUAUCUUAUUUAUUAUAAUAUCACCUUUGAAUGUAUCUGUUUAUAUAAAUAUCAUCCUUUAUAUGGGUUACAAUACAAUAAGCUCUUAUUACGUAUCUAAUCACCCACAAAUGGGUUGCACGUUUUAGAUAUCAUAUAUCAUUGUACCUAUUUCAUUCUUAAGUAUAUUUUUUAUCUAUUUCUAUACUGACACUAAAAUAAUAGUGUAUCUUGAGAUUAACGCUUCAUCAUUCAUUCAUUCACCAAUGAAUUGCUUUAUUAAGGGACCACUUUUAGGUUCAAAUUUGAGAGAUAAUAUUUUAGUUCACAAUUCACAUUGACAAAUACGAGGUUGUUAUGAUUAUUUAUACAUAUAACAAAACGGAGACAGCCUGAUAUUUUCCUAACUGAGAAAUAUGAUAAAUGUCCAUCCAUCUAUUUUAUAUAGAUAUUCAAAAAAACCUGGUCAAAUAAAAAAAAAAACCAUUGCAGACUGUCACAGAUUUAAAGAAUACCUGUAAAACUGCAUUAUGCAUAACAUUCAUUCAUAUUACACACUGAUUAUAUAGAAUUGAAUACGCGGUUACCGCGUCGUCUGCGCAGGCCCUAAGAAUACGUAUCUUAUGAUUGGAUUGGAAAAAAACCUACAAGUAUAAUAUGUUACUAUACAGUAUUCAGUACAAAAUAUUUGUUUUUACAAAAAUAUCUUUCUUUGUUUGUGAGAAUAUUAUAAUGAUAUUAUUAUAAAGACUAUUUGCGCUGAUUUAGUUUCAAACUUACUUUAAUUUUAAAGCUUGUAGCCAUAUACGGUUAACUUCUGAGAUUUGUAGCAAUCAGUUAAUGUUUAAAGUCCUCUCAGUCACUUGGGUAUUGAAUUUUCAAUUUAGAUGCAACAGGGAGGUCAUGGGUUCAAUUCUCAGUUGGUGUCAAUUUAGAUUUUUUUUUUAUUUUCCAAAUUGACCUCAGUUUGGUUUGAUGGCAGGCUAUUUAUCGCAUCAUAGAAAUAUCGCCUAGCAAUUUUGGUAUAACGCCGCGUAUAAACUGUCAAAGAUGUAGGUGAAGUUAAACUAUGUGCGCCGUAGCAUGGUGCGGGUGACAGUUGCCUAUAUGACGUUUAUAAUACUUACUAUUAUCGUGAAGUGUGGCAAACUUUCAAGUAUGAAACGAACUGUCACUCGCACCAUGCUACUUCAGUUAGCCUGCUUCGUAAAAUCACGUGACAUUGCGGACAAGGGCUAUGUUACUCUAAGUAAAAAAUCUCAUCUAAAUUAACUCGCCUUACUAGACCGAUUAACACAAACAAAGUAUAUAAUUUAUAACCUCAAUAUACUUGUAGCUGUCUAAAAACAAAUAAAUUAUUAUACGACGAGAGCUUGUCAUUGUCAGACCUUCCACAUUUUAUAAAAGCUGAAAGUUUGUUAGACAGUGUACAUGCGAUUACUUUGACGGCCUCUGUGGCGCAGUGGUAUGCGCGUUGGAUUUACACGACGGAGAUCCUGGGUUCGAUCCCCCGCUGGGCCGAUUGGUUGGCUGAUGGUUUUCUUAAUUGGUCCAGGUCUGGCUGGUUGGCUGCGGCUGUGGCUCGUUACCUUUUUGUCAAAGAUGUUCCGCCAUGCGAUUUAGCGUUCCGAUUCGACGUUGUGUACAAACCGUAAGAGGGGUGUGGAGUGAACGAUGUUACUAACCAGCUGUUUUACUUUUACCAGCUGUUAUACUCACGAAAAAUUAAGAGUUGUAAAAAAUGUGUUACGGAUCCCUGACUGUUCUACCUACCAUAAGGUCGCUCCACACAUGACUAAUGACUACCAAAUGAGCAUGAGCUGACAAACCAAGUUUUUAUAAAAUGAGGAAGGUCUGGCAAUAACAGGCUCUUAGUUAUAUAUUUAGCUGUAAGUGUAUGUCGAAAUAUUUAGCUGUAUUAUUAAUGAAUAAUGUGAUAUUAUUACCCUUGGUGGAAGUUUAAUUUUAGCAUUCCUGUAGAUUAUUUAUUAACUUUCAAUAUUUAUUAAAGUAUGUACAAUCAUAUUAAAACUACCUAUAAAUACUACCUACAUUUUAUAUUUAACAAAAAGAAUAUUUAAAAUUAAUAGUAAUUUAAAUUUAAAAUAAAUCUAAAUAUUCGGGCGUCGUAGAAUUAGAUGAUUUUUAUUCAACUAAGAAAAAAUCUCUAAUCUAUAACAACGAGUGAUCGGCAAUAAUGAACGCAAAACUGUCUUUUAUAUGUAUGGUAAAGUAAUAUAUAUAUAUAUAUUAAACAGUUUAAAACACCUCUAUCUCUUUAAAAAAUUACUGUUCUUUUCUAUGGAAAAUGAUAAAACCACCUUUUUUAACUUUGUCAUUCAGAUUAAAAGAGAUUUGUUGAAUUCACACCAAUAACAAAAGAAUUGAAUUGUAGGCAUUCUACUUUUAAUAUGUGCACACAUUUAGUAAGCAAAUUUUUUUAGAACACGUGUAUUAUUGUAAAUUAAAAUUAUAAAUAUAAACAUUGUUUCGAAUA